CUCAGCAUGGAAAAGCUCUGCACUGAAAAUGAAGGGAAGCCUGAGAGCGAAGGAAAGAUGGGAAAUGAAGAACAGCCCCGGGGUUGCAGGAAGCCGGAAGUAGCGUGUACUCUGGAAGACAAGAAAAAGUUAGAAAAUGAGGGAAAGACAGAAGCUGAGGCAAUGCUAGAGGCUGAGGGAAAGCUAGAGAGCGAGGCAGCGCCAAAAGAAGGCAAGCCAGCCAUGCAGGGAAAGCCAAGAGAAGGGUAUAAGACAGAGAGCCUGGGAGAGCCAGGGAGCCAGGGAGAGCCAGGGAGCCAGGGAGAGCCAGGGAGCCAGGGAAAACCAAAGGAAGAAGGAAAGCCAGAGAGUGAGGAGGAGCCCGACAGUGAGGACAAUCCAAAGGAAGAGGGAAAGGCAGCCAGCAAAGCCAGGGCUGUAGGCAAGCGCCCGGCUGAGGGUGACAUCCCCAGGAAAGCCAAAAGGAAAACCACCAAGGGGCUAGCUCAGUGCCUGAAGGAACACAAGGAGGCCAUACACGACAUGCAUUUGAGCAAUGAGGAGAUGAUCAGAGAAUUUGACGAGAUGGCUAGGGUGGAGGAUGAGGUGAAGAAAACCAGACAGAAAUUGGGGGGGUUUAUGUGGAUGCAAAAAAGUUUACAGGACCCCUUCUACCCCAGGGGCCCCAGGGAACUCAGGGGUGGCUGCCGGGCCCCGCAAAGGGGCUUUGAAGACAUUCCUUUCGUGUAGUGCCCCUGGUUGGCAUUUGCCAGGCCCUGUGCUUUGAACCUUAUGCUAGUCCUUUG